AUGAGCAGCACUGGCGGCUUUCUCGACGCCGUGAUUGCCAUUGGACGGGACCAGCUGAGCGGCGCCAUCUCGCCCUCGGACCACUACGAAGGGAAGCACCGCUGGGACCCCGAGGCGACAUGGACCCCCCGAGAGGAAAAGGCACUUGUGCGCAAGACGGACAUGGUCCUCAUGUCGUGGCUCUGUGUCAUGUUCUUCGGGCUGCAGCUUGACCGCGGCAACCUGUCCAACGCGCUCGCCGACAACCUGCUCGUCGACCUCAAGCUGACGGGCGACGACUACAACAACGGCACCACCAUCCAGCUGCUGGCCUUCCUGGCCGCCGAGUUCCCCGUCCAGAUCAUCACCAAGCGCUACGGCUUCCGCCGCGUCCUGCCCAUCAUGAUGUUCAGCUGGGGCAUGGUGUCGUGGGCCCAGGCUUGGAUGUACAACCGCACUGGCUUCUACAUCACGCGCGCCCUCAUUGGCGCCUGCGAGGGCGGCUUCAUCCCCGGCACAAUCCUCUACGCCACCUACUUCUACACCUCCAAGGAGCUCUCGGUCCGCCUCGCUGUCUUCUGGUCGACGCUCAACGUCGCCCGCGUCAUCUCGGCCCUGCUGGCCGCCGGCAUCCUCAAGAUGCGCGGCAUCGGCGGGCGCACGGGCUGGUUCUGGCUGUUCCUGCUCGAGGGCUUGCUCACCGUGGUUAUUGCCAUCAUCUCUUUCUUCUACCUGCCGGCCUCGCCCACCAAUACCACUGGCGCCAUCUUCCGCAAGCCGUGGUACACGGAGCGCCAGGAGGUCAUCAUGGUGAACCGCAUUCUCCGUGACGAUCCCGCCAAGGGCCUCACGGGGAUCCUGCAGCCCAUCACGGUGCGGGACAUCAAGAACACGCUCAUGGACCGCUCGCUCUGGGGGCUGUACUUCGUCGGGCUGGUGGCGUACAUCCCCGCGUCACCAGUCCAGGGGUACCUCACACUAACGCUGCGGCGCAUCGGCUUCUCGUCGUUCGACUCCAACAUGCUCACGAUCCCGUCGGCGGCGCUGCAGAUCAUCACUAUGCUGGCGCUGGCGUGGAGCAGCGACUUCUUCAACGAGCGCACGCUGCACUGCAUCUUUGGCGAGCUGUGGAUCAUGCCGCUGCUCAUCUCGCUGCUGACGCUGCCCGACGGCGGCCGCGAGUGGCCGCGCUUCGCCCUCAUCACGCUCAUCUCGGGCUACCCCUAUUUCCACCCCAUCGUCACGUCGUGGCUGUCCGAGAACACGUUCGACGUCAAGAAGCGCGCCAUCGCCGCCGCCAUUUACAACGUCAUCGUGCAGGUCGGCAGCCUAAUCAGCAGCCAGCUGUACCGCGACUACGACAAGCCCUACUACAAGAUGGGCAACAAGAUCCUCAUCUCCAUCUGCGCCCUGUCGCUCGUCGUCUUUGUCGUCCAGCGCCAGAUCCUCGUCCACCUCAACAAGAAGAAGGCCGAGCAGUGGGACAAGCUGUCGCCGACCGAGCAGUCCGAGUACCAGAACGACGUCAAGGCUCGGGAAGGGGAGGGGAACAAGCGCUUGGACUUCAGGUUUGUGUAUUGA